CAGUCACUGCUCGCUAAACAGCGGGACUACAGACGAAGUUGUUAUUUAGCUACGUGCGCCUCUACUGCUAGCACGGCUGAUGGUCAUCGCAACGAAGACCCUUUCAAAACGAUCAAUAUCGUUUUUCAUGUUCUUUAUGUAUAGGGAAAGUUUGCAAGUUUUGUGGCAAUCAAAUAGCAAAAUGACAUUGGCAUCAUUCAUUCAGUAGUUGAUUACCCGUGUGCAUAGUGAAUGCAAUUGUUCUACUGUUCUCACGAUGGGUGGAUGUCUAGGACGGAGAACUCACCAACGAAUGAACGACGUUGACUCGUCCUACGAUGCCACAUCACUUGCCGAGCUUAAUCUGGUUGUGAACGAGCCUCGCGGAUCGCGAUUUAUACCAAAGUGGCUUAAACGAAGACCUAAAUUUUCUUUACGAUCAGCUAAUCCGUAUUCUAAUCUCGGUCAAGAUGAUCUGAUCGAACGUGAACUUUACAAUCCCGUCGUCCAAGGCCGCGAAUUGUGGCCUCAUGAGACGCCGGACGUUUGGGCAGUCCCAGCUGACAGUGGAAUUACCGUACCUGGAGUGUCGCUCGUGUUAGAUGCAGCGGGGUGCGCUGUGGAGCGGGAUUCUGUCAACAACAACCUUUGCGCCCUCACACCAAAAAGCAGAGUCCAUACCGAUUCCCAUUCCUCCAUAGAGUUAGAAUGGGAAAACGAAGAAGGUAUGCCGUCAACGAAGCCGGUCGAGGUAAGCACCGGCAGCAGUGUUCAACGACAGAUCUCAGCCGUAGCGGAGCGCCACGAGAGGAUGAGUCUGAGCUCGAUGGCAUCACACCGUUCUCGACGUUCGUCGCUUUCGAACAAUGAUAAUGAAUUAGAAUGGGAUGAAGAUUUUGCAUCGCCAAAUGCGUUCCAAGGCCUGCGAACGCUUGAUUUUGAUACAGAGCAACUGAUAGCCGAGAUUGACAAGAUGACCGAGAAGGCCCUGCGAGAGACGGAACGAGAUGACACGUCGUUACCACCAUUUGACUCUAUGGAGUCGAUGCCUAGUUUGUGAGGGAUAAACGCUUAACAAACGGCGGCAUCAACUCGACGAAUCUCCGUUUUCGAGUUAAUCUAUUUAGAAGAUCUUAGGCGGGUAGACAGAAGGAAUAUCUUAUUCAUCAUAAGGUGUACCGAAGGCCAGUCAAACGGUGAUGCCCGAAGAUUAAAAGCGAGAUCGCUUACUAGAAGAGACUAACCUUGCUUGGUGACAAGCCAUCAAUUUAAACUCAUUAUCCGGUGGUGCUCAAAUGCUCGAGAAAAAAGAAGAGUGGCAAAAGUUCGAACACUCGCAAAGUCAAAGAUGUGAACAUUUUUAUCGAAGUUAUAUUUUUUUAAUAGUGUUUCUUGUAUGAUUAUUCUAUUUGUAGUGCUGUCAUAUACAAACAUACUGCAAAUAGAUAAAUGAAAAAAUCAUAUAAUAGCAAAAAAAAGAAAAGUGGGUUUUGGCGAUUGAUUCGCAAAAGGACUGAUCACGACCAGUGAGCAGUAACGGCAACAAUUUUCGGACGUUGUGAUUGAGUUUUCAGAGCUCGUCGAAUUUAUUGACGAAUGUAUAUCGGGGUACCUGAUUACUGAACGAUAAAAAUAAGAAUAAGGGCCUUCUCUUGCUUUCAUUCAUGUUACCUCGCAACUGCAGUGGUAGCACUUUUACAUAACAUUAGCAAAAACGGCGACGGAAGCAACAUGAAGAAUGAUAGCAAUAAGAUUAAUCUUCUAGUAACUACACAGGUCAUUUUCUAAUAUUCAGCUGUGACUACGUUACGGGUGUGUCACAUGCUGAGCGGAAUUAGAUAGGAAUGCAUGUAAAAAAGUCAAAUAGCAAGCAAAUAACUUACAAUAGAUAGGGGGUGCAAGUGCCAAAUGAAAAUGAUACCUGUUUUAUAAGGAUGAUGACAAUGGUAAGAGACCAUGAAGAAGUAUAUCUAGAAUGCACGGACGCAGAAGUAUCGUCUGAGCGAAACUCGUGAAUAAGUGACGAUGGGUGACGUGAACAUGUGCGUUGUACGUUCUCUCUUGUGUGUGUGUCUGUUGGCUUGAGCUGGAGUCAGUUUUGUUAUCACCGACACGGCCACAGGGAUCUUGCUGAAUACCCUUGAUCACAAUUCACAUGUAAAUACAUUAAGGUAUUGCAGUUGGGCAAUGGUUUAGCAUCGCACAUGGUGGUAUUGAUACAGCAAUAUUGGUGAUACUGGAAUUGAAAGAGACGGAUUUCCAAAAGCGGUAUAUUUUUUGCUCUCUCCAUUUCUAUGUCUGGAAUUAAUAGUAAUAGUAGUAGUGAUAAUAAUAAUAAUAAUAAUAAUAAUAAUAAUGCGAUCCGUCUGCGUCACUUUUCAUUGACGCGUUCAUUUGCAACUUCCGUAGCGCUCAAUUAAGGGAUAGUCAAUAUACUCUUGCGAGAACUCCACUCUGGUAGUCAGUCGACUUAAGACUGUAGAUGGGUUCAGGUUUAGUAUGUGUACAAUCUCCUUGCACAGUUGUACAUCAGUGCGACUAUCAAAUAGCACACGAGAGCGACGUGGGCUCGUUCCUAUGUCAGCUUAAGAGUCGAAAUGACUUUCGUUCAGGUAUCAAACAGUCUGCACACCUAAUAUGUUUAUUUAAACUUGCCUUGCUUUUGCCUAGAUAUCGAUUUGCCUAACUGUCUGACUUUUAUAUUAUUUUGCGAAGCUCUGCUCGAUCCUUUUGUAUGAUACUGUUACAUAGUACGUUAAUGUUCUUUUUCGGCUCCUUAAAGCUCAUGGAGGUUUUAGUGGGAGUGAGGCCAUUUUUUAUACGGGUUACUUUUAUUGUAGCUUUCUAUACAACCUAUACGGUGCAAUGCAUUGUGUGAAAUGCAACAAAUGCAACGGUUGGACAAAGGAGCUACUUCGUGAUGAAUUUUUGGUUUAUACUACAGGAAAUGAAGAUACUACAAAUACGAUAGACGGGGCAAUGCAGGUGCUGCCAACAUUAGCAAUGCAUGAGCCAUACUCAAUAUUAUCACAAUAGCCCUUUGCACCUGUAAACAAAGAGUAAUUAAUUGACGACAGAAUCGGUGAAGAUAACAAAGUAGGCUUUGCCUUUUUGAAUUACCCGUGCAUUAAUUAACACAAAGAAGUCAAUAGGUAAGUUUGGUAGAAUCCCGCUUUGCCAUUAUGGUCGGGCAUUAUGUUCCGCUGGCGCCUACAAACAUUCGUAUUGAACAUAAUUUCCAAUAAUUCGUUUUGUGUUUUUAUGUGCUUCGAUCGCUAGUGUGCGUGUGUGUGUGUGUUUGUGUAUUGAUAAAGAUGAUAAUAAAAAAUUUUAGUGAAAAUGUACUAUAUAAUGAGGAGGAUAAUUACAAUGGUAUUAAUAACAAUAAUAAUUAUUAUUAUGAUAAUAACCAUAGAUCAAUAAAUAAUGAUAGCAAAGACAAAUACGGACUGUUCAUACAAUGCACCUAUAAGUGAUAAUAAUAUACACGAAAAAUGUGUCGAUGGAUGGUGCACGACUUGAUGAAAUUAAAGAUGACAGAAUCACUACGAUAAAACUUGCUGCUGUCGGAUCAUGUGUUGAUCUGACUUCGUGUAAAGCUUGUUAAUUAACAAGGUACUCUUGUCUGCUUCGUCUGUCAAUUAGCAAGGCACCUUUACAACACAAUAGGGACUGAAUAUGAAUAACGGAAAAACAAAAAGAAAGAGACUAAAAGUAUGCUGGUAAAUGUUAAGUAGCUGUUGCUUGUUAAAUUACGCUGAAUUAACAAAAAUUAUGGAAGUGCAGAAUGCUUUCGUAUGGCACGUCAACGAAUCCCUUUAUUGUUUAUCGAUAAAGAUAGUGAUAACAUUGGCAGGCAGAACAGCCCUAAUAGUUGGGACUGACAGCAACGAUGCGUUUUGUUUGGUAGAUAUGCUUGAAAUGGUUGUACGAAAAUAACAACAUAUAGAAAUAUGAGCUACAUAUGUAAAGUCAGUGACGGGUGCGGGUGUACAAAUUUGUGCUCGAGGAAUAACACUGCUAAAUAAUGAUUUCAAAGUGAGCCUUCAAGUAACAACGUAUGUAUAAUAAUUGCAAUAAAAAAAAUAAUUCAGUAGCACAAAUAUAAUACAAUACAAAUACAUCUACCAUGUAAUAAUCAUGUAUGCAUAUGCAUAUGAUUGUAUUUUCCUGCAACUUCUUUGCCGAGGCAUGUUAGGCCGUCGCCUACCCAUCACUACUAAGUUUUUGUACAUAUCAUGCAAGAAUUUUCCAUAUAACACACAUCAGUCUAUUAUACCUCUCUACUAUUCAACUAUUAAAAGGUGAUUAAGAGAUAUAGCUGGUGGCUUAAUGAACGAGAAUACUCAGCGUUGGUGGACGGUCGAAGUCGACAGUAAUAAGUUAUAUAAUUUGUAAACUGACACAACGUCAUUCCAUAACGUAAGUGAAUCAAUAGGAAAAAAUAUAUAUAUAUGAUUUGUACACAUUGAGUAUAAUGGUGUCCUCAUUUUUCAAGAACACGAUUAUAGGU